AUGCGUCCACGCAGGGAACAUCUCCCAGCAGGAGCGUCGUGCCCUGGCGCUGCCGGUGUUCACGCAGGGCAAACGGGUCGAACCAAUACCUCCUCGGAUGCCGCUGCAAGAACCACAGCCUCCGACGCAAGAUGGGAAACCCCGAGUGCGUCAGGUGCUACUUCAGGCACUCGUGCUACGAACGCUUUUGCACAAAGAGCAACCGCUUUGGAAGGCACUGCCGUUAACGAGGCGGGUGCUGACGGAAGGGGGUGUCCGCAGGCACGAUGUUUGCUCCUUGCCGCUGCUUUUCUUUCAGCACCUGGGUUCAGCAGCAUCAGCGACGGCACACACGUGAACUAA